AUGGCAGAGGAAUCUGCUGUCAAAGUCUGUGUACGGGUUCGACCUCUGAUAGAAAGGGAGGAAACUGCUGCAGAAAGCGCCGAGCCAGUCAAGUUGUAUUGGAAAACGGAUAAGAAGACAAUUUAUCAGGUUGACGAUGGAAAUCUUACCAAGAACUUCAGUUUUGACCGUGUAUUUAGUGCUGAAGAAACAACUCUGCAACUGUACCAGGAACUUGCAAAGCCUCUUGUUGUCUCCACUGUGGAAGGUUAUAAUGGAACAAUAUUUGCUUAUGGACAAACUUCAUCUGGAAAGACUUUCACUAUGAUGGGGAGUUCUCUUACUCCAGGAGUUAUACCCCUUGCCAUGGAGGAUGUCUUCCAGACUAUAAAAAAUUGUCCAAAAAAGGAGUUCCUCCUGAGGGUGUCGUACUUGGAGAUCUACAAUGAAACAGUGACAGAUUUGCUCUGUGACAGUUGGAAAAGGAAACCUCUAGAGAUCCGAGAGGGAAACAAUAAAACUGUCUAUGUAGCUGACCUAACUGAGGAACUGGUGACAUCUCCUGAGCAAGCCCUUGCGUGGAUUAGAAAAGGAGAAAAGAAUCGCCAUUAUGGAAAGACAAAAAUGAACCAGCGAAGCAGUCGUUCGCACACAAUUUUCCGCAUGAUCUUGGAGAGUCGUGACAGGGGUGACUCUGCAUCUGGUGAAAAUUCAGACGGCGCCAUUAUUGUGUCCCAUUUGAAUUUGGUUGACCUGGCUGGGGCUGAGCGAGCAAGUCAAACAGGUGCUGAAGGUACACGUUUCAAAGAAGGAUGUAAUAUAAAUCGCAGCCUGUUCACCCUCGGUCAAGUGAUCAAGAAACUGUCUGAUGAAACCCAGAAGGGUUUCACUAACUACAGGGACAGUAAACUCACCCGUAUUCUCCAAAAUUCCUUGGGUGGAAAUGCAAAAACUGUCAUCAUCUGCACCAUCACCCCAGUUACUCUGGAAGAAACACUUAGCACUCUUCAAUUUGCUAGUGCAGCAAAGAACAUGAAGAAUGACCCGCAUGUCACAGAGGUUUCUGAUGACGGAGCCCUUCUGAGAAGAUACAGAAAUGAAAUUGUGGACCUCAAGCGCAGACUUCAUGAGGUCUCAUCCGUCACUCAAACAACCGCGACAGAGAAGGAGACUCUGUCCCAGAUUUUGCAAGAGAAGGAUCAGCUCCAAAGAGAACAAGAGGACAGGAUUAAGAAUUUAACCAAACUUCUAGUCACUUCGUCAAACUUCGUUACCAUCAAAAAGAUGCCGAAACGUAGGGUUACGUGGGGUGGAAAACUGCCAUCACCAGCCUUCCACCAUGCGGGAGAGUCUGACCUAAGCUUUGCUGAGCCUUUUCUCAAAAAGAGAAAAGCUGAUAUGUCUGUCUUGACAGAGCAGAAUGAAGAUGGCGAGGAGUUCGAUUCUACCUUUGACAUGGAGAUGAACCAGAGCAAUCUGACCGUGCGUGGUUUUGCAGAAAGUGAAUUUUUAUCUCCAAACCAACUGAACAAAUUGUCUGAGAAGGUGUCCUGUCUGGAGCUACAGCUGGAAAAUGAGACUCAGCAGAAGCAGGAGGCCAUGGAGGAAGUGGAGACAUUUCAGAGGAGGGUUGUGGAACUGGAGAAGCAGCUAGAAGAAAAGUCACUAAUGCCUGCUGAUGCACAGUUGGAAAAUGAGACUCAGCAGAACCAGGAAGCCAUGGAGAAGGUUGCUACUUUCGAGAUGAGGGUUGCUGAACUGGAGAAGCAGCUAGAAAAGUCUCAAAUGCCUGCUGAUGCACAGGAGCAGAUGAAAAAGGGAUUUGAAGAGACCAUUCAACUCUGUGAGACGUUGGUGUCUGAGAAGGAAAUGGUUUCUACUGAGCGUGAUUAUCUCAAGCAGGAGCUCAACAUCCUAAUGGAACAGACUGAAAACUUGAAGAAAGAAAAGGCUGCACUUCUUCAGGAGAUGGAGGAGAAGAAAGAGAUGGAUGAGUUCAAUUCUUUGGAAGAGGAGAGCAAAAGAGAAUAUGAGAAAGAACUACUGAAUGACAUUUCCUCCUUAAAGAAGGCCAUGGAGGCCUCGGGAUGCAAAUCUCAAGAGCUUGAGGCUAAUCUGGUGGCAAUGUCUGAGGAGCUGAAAAAGAAAGGCGACUGGGCAGAGGAACUACAAAGAUCGAGUGACGUUGACUUGGUCCAAGAAGUGAAGCAGCUGCGACGCUCUCUGGACGAUGCUGAGGGGUUGAGCCGUGACACUAAGAAGGAGUGGGCCCACCUGCGCAGUGAAAAUAUCUCACUCAAAGAGAGGGCUGUGACUCUAACUGCUGGCUUUGAGAGGAUGGAAGCUCAGGUGAAUGGCCUUCGCCAUCAGUUGGAGACAGAAAAAUCGAGCUUCAAAAAGAUGCAGGUUGACCUUCAGAGGGAGUUACAGGGAGCCUUUGAGGAGAACACCAAGCUUACUACUCUUCUGGAUGGAAAAGUUCCCAAAAAUCUCAUAGACCGCAUUGAACUUGAGAAAACAGUUGCUGACCUGAAGAAAGAGCUGGAGAUGUCUCAUGAAGAUGAGAGAACCCUACAAGCUAAGAUUGAGGAUUUGAGUGCACUGCAGGAUCUUCCAGAUAAAGUCAACAGUUUGAUGAAGCAGGUAUGUGAUCUCACGGAGGAGCUCUGUGCAGUCCAAAAAGAGAGAGACAUGCUGGUGUCUGCUAAGGCCUGCAGUGAGGAGGAAGCUCAUCAAUUCAGAGAACAUGUCCAGAGCUCCCAGGAGCAGCUAGUCAAACUUCAAGAUGACCUGAGCAAAGCAGAGUUGAGGGAAAAUGACCUAACCCAGCAGUGCACCGACAUCACUGAGCAACUGGAGACUUUCCAUAAGGACUUGGCGCGCUCCUCUCUGGAGAACAGUCAGCUUCUGACUACUGUGGAACAGUCCAGCCUGAGACUGAAGGAGAAUGAACAGUAUCGCGCAUCAAUUGAAGAUCAAUUGUGUGGAAUGCAACAAGUCAUGAAAGAGUUGGAGGAGAAGCUUGCUGACAGUGAAUCAUCCAAGGAAAAAUAUGACAAUUUAUCCCAGGAACACCAAGAUCAGAUAAGGCAGCUGAGUGAGGAGGUGAUACAGGUCCAGGCAGAACUAAAACGGCAACAGCAUCUGAACUCAGAACAGCAGUCAUGUACCCAACAAGAUGAUCAACAUCAGCUACAAAUACAGGAACUACGAGCUGCAUUGGAGACCAUGACAGAGGAAAGGAGCCAGUUGAACAGUGACUUGCAGCAAAAUAUGGAAAUGGCUGCAGAGACUCAGGGACUUCUCCAUUCCAUCCAAGAGGAGCUCAGACAACAGAGACAAGUGAACGCUGACCUUGAGAUCCAAAGUUUACAGAAGGAGUCUCUUCUAGAACAGCAGAUGAUGCAGCUGAGUGAUGCACUUGAGUCUGGGCAAGCUGAGAGAGAGCAUCUCCUGUUUGAGAAGACGGACAGCUCUCAGAAUCAUGCAGAGGAGUUGGAGAAGCUGCUCUCUACUGUGACCUCACUGACUGGAAAGAGAGACCAGCUCCAGGAGAUACUGGAGGGAAUCCGAGAGGAGAGGAACCAGCUCAAGAGAGACCUGGAGGACAAUGUGGAGAUGCAACAUCUGAACUCUGCACACCAGCCCCAUAGAGAACAUCAGGAGACUGACCUACGUUUGCAGAUGCAACUAGAGGCAGUGAAGGAGUUAGAGGAGCGACUGGAAGCUGUUAAAGAGGAGCGGAGCCAGCUGAAGACUGACCUUCAGGACAAUGUAGAGAUGAUGAUUGAGAAUCAAGAGGAACUAAGGGGGGCUCAAGAGAAGAUCAAAUCGCUACAGGGGAAAAUCCAACAACUUCAGACUCAGAAUGCAGAUGUUGAGACAAGAUAUUUUUUAUCUCUAAAACCAUUCCCAAAGAUAAGGCAGCUGAAUAAGGAGCUAAAGUCUGUGCAAGAUGAGCGAGAGCGUCUCCUGUCUGAGAAGACAGACAGCUCUCAGAAUCAUGCAGAGGAGUUGGAGAAGCUGUUCUCUACUGUGACCUCACUGACUGGAGAGAGAGACAAGCUCCAGGAGAUACUGGAGGGAGUCCGAGAGGAGAGGAACCAGCUCAAGAGAGACCUGGAGGACAAAGUGGAGAUGAUCAUACAAGUACAUACAGAACCUAAACAUCCGCAACAUCUGAACUCAAAGCAACAGACUGAGAGGGAACAUCAAGAAGCUCAACUUCAGCAGCAACUACAGCAGCUAGGAGAGGAACUGGAAACCAUGACACAGGAGCGGUGUCAGUUGAAGGGUGACCUGCAAGAAAAUCUGGAGAUGGCUGCAGAGACUCAGGGACUUCUCCAUUCCAUCCAAGAGGAGCUCAGACAACAGAGACAAGUGAACGCUGACCUUGAGAGCCAAAGUUUACAGAAGGAGUCUCUUCUAGAACAGCAGGCUAAGCAGCUGCAUGAGGAGCUUGAGUCUGUGCGAGCUGAGAGAGAGCGUCUCCUGUCUGAGAAGACAGACAGCUCUCAGAAUCAUGCAGAGGAGUUGGAGAAGCUGCGCUCUACUGUGACCUCACGGACUGAAGAGCGAGACAAGCUCCAGGAGAUACUGGAGGGAAUCCGAGAGGAGAGGAACCAGCUCAAGAGAGACCUGGAGGACAAUGUGGAGAUGAUGAUUGAAAACCAGGAGGAACUACGGGUGGCACUUGAAAAGAUACACCAUCAAGAGGAAAAUAUGAAACCUACGGAGACUGCAAAUCUAGAGGAGUUGCAAAGUCAGAUGAAGCAGCUGACGGAGGAGCUUGAGUCUGUGCGAGCUGAGCGUGUGCUUCUCCUGUCUGAGAAGACAGAAAGCUCUCAGAAUCAUGCAGAGGAGUUGGAGAAGCUGCUCUCUACUGUGACCUCACUGACUGGAGAGCGAGACCAGCUGCAGGAGAUACUGGAGAGAAUCCGAGAGGAGAGGAACCAGCUCAAGAGAGACCUGGAGGACAAUGUGGAGAUGUCCAUCAAAUUCCAGGAGGAGUUGAAACAGCAGCGACAUCUGAACUCAGAGCAACAGACUGAGAGGGAACAUCAAGAAGCUCAACUUCAGCAGCAACUACAGCAGCUAGGAGAGGAACUGGAAACCAUGACACAGGAGCGGUGUCAGUUGAAAGGUGACCUGCAGGAAAAUCUGGAGAUGGCUGCAGAGACUCAGGGACUUCUCCAUUCCAUCCAAGAGGAGCUCAGACAACAGAGACAAGUGAACUCUGACCUUGAGAGCCAAAGUUUACAGAAGGAGUCUCUUCUAGAACAGCAGGCUAAGCAGCUGAAUGAGGAGCUUGAGUCUGUGCGAGCUGAGAGAGAGCGUCUCCUGUCUGAGAAGACAGACAGCUCUCAGAAUCAUGCAGGGGAGUUGGAGAAGCUGCUCUCUACUGUGACCUCACUGACUGGAGAGAGAGACAAGCUCCAGGAGAUACUGGAGGGAGACCGAGAGGAGAGGAACCAGCUCAAGAGAGACCUGGAGGACAAUGUGGAGAUGAUGCAGCAGCUACAGGAAGAAGGCACACACAUGAGAGAUGAGAGGUCCCAGAUUCAGGGAGACCUGCAGGAAAAUAUGGAGAUGGUCAUACAAGUCCAGAGGAAAUUAGAACAGCAGCAACGUCUGAACUCACAACAGCAGGCUGAGAGCGAACAACAAGAGGCCAAACUGAAACAACAAAUGAAGCAGCUGGAGGAGGAAUGUAAAGGUUUCAAAGAAGGACAGUUUCACUUCAAAGUCGAAGCAGACACCUCACACAAGAUGCUUAGUGACGCGAACGCAACCAUCUCCAUAUUGACAGAGCAGAUCAAUAACCUGGAGCAGAGCACCAGCUGUUGUACCACCAGGGCAGGAGAGGGACUGUGCUCCAGACUCGAAGCUUCAAUGCAGAAGCUCCAGGUGUCCCUCGUGAGGCUCCAGCUUGUUAUCAAUGGUGCUUCUAAGCCUGGACAUGGGCCCCUGGUCGAUGUCACACAAGUUGAAGAAGUCAUGAUACUUAAACUGUUGCCCCUUCUUCCAAAGCCCACAAAAAAGAUCUAUAGCAAUAUCAAUAGAUUUACUGUCCAGAUCACUAACGCAGUGUGGGAUACAAAGGUGCUGCUGAAGCUGUGUGCCAAGGAUUACAAAACCCACGUUGAAGCCCUGGUUCAGAAUGACUUGGCUGUAUUUGAGGAGAGGAGACUCCAGGACCUGCUCCUCUGUAGAGCCCAGGCACCCAGUCACUCAGUCAAGGUGGUUGAGAAUGACCUCCUUGGAGUCUGGGACGAGAGACUGUCAGAGCUGUUGGACAGGAGAGAAGGUUACCUCCAGAAAAUGAACAGUGUUUUGAAGAAGCUUGAGGAGAGCCUGGCUGCUCACCCAGCGGCAGUGUCAGAGGAGCUGAGGGUGCGAGAGAGGAGCAACGAGGAGCUGAAUGCUCUAUGCAUGGUCCACUCACCGGACUCAGCAGCAGUGGAGAACUUCCUGGAGCGAGAGCUGGCCCGGCGCUCUGCUUUGGCACAGGCCAACACACUGGCUCUCCAGGGAUUGCGAGAUGAGCGAUGUGGUUCGCUCAAAGAGCUAGGCGUGGUCCGAGCACAGGCUGACAGUCAGCUGAAAGAAGAGAGGAGUAAGACCUCUACUCUACUGCAGAUACUGGAGCGUGCCUCCGUCAAGACUGAAGCUGACCUGCUGAGGGACAACCAGCAACUUGCCCUGCAACGUCAGCAGUUGGAUGGAGAAAUCAAGGAAAUGCAGAUGAGAGUUGAGCAGCUGGAAGAGGACCAGAUCAAAGCUGCUGAUAGCGUCUCAAACCACAAACAAGCCACCCAGCUACUACAAACUGAGCUUCAGGAUGCUUGUGCACAAGUCAAGGACAGGGAGGGCUCUAUUCAAAUCCUAAAAGAGAAACUCAGAGAGACGGAAGUUCUGGCUAAGAGAAGAGCAUCACCUAGUGCUCUUGAGCUUGAAGAGCUGAAUGCUAAAGUUUUGAAAAUGGAGUUGGAGAUGACUGCAUCAUCCUCUAAACACCAAGAAGAGUUACUCAGGAUGACGACGGUCCUGAACCACAAGGAGGACGCUCUGAGGACGCUGAAGGAGACUCUGAGAAGAUCACAACAGGAGGGAGAACAGUCAUUCAAUGAGGGACAGGAUCUGCAUGCCAGACUGAUAACCGCCAGAGGACGCACGGUCCAAAGCAACAUUCUCCUUGAAAAGAACAAACUUGAGGAGGAACUGAAAAGGCUACAGAGCAAAAUUUCUGAAUUGGAGAGCCUUGUGUCCACUCAGCAAGGAGAGAUCACAAAGUGGAAGGCUAGAGCAAUUAAGCUGAAGGAGAAGAAGAGGGACGUGGUAGACAAGCCUCUGUCUCCAUGUACUCCUACAAAACACCGCCUUCCCAUGAAUUCUGAGCAGUUCCUCAACUCUCCCAAGAGGUUCCUCAACUCUCCCAAGAAGUUAAUUGACUCUCCCAAGAAGUUCCUAGACUCUCCCAAGAGCAAGUUCUUCGAUGUCCGUCCAGGCUCUGAAUCCAUGUCGAUCAACUGUCCCAAGCAGUUUUUUGAUAACUCCAACCUUGGAACCAUUCAAGAUGCAAGUGUGGAUAAAAAGGACGAAUGGUGGCCUCUGUCACCAAAGCAAUCUGAUGUAUGCAAACAACAGUAAAUGUUUUACCUAAUUGUACUAAUCAUUGUCUAUUUUUCAACGUUGGAAAUAUUUUCAUUGUUUUCAAUUGUAUUUGUCAGUCAAUUUUAGCUUUGAUCAAUUUGAUUAAAUGUUUUAUUGUUUAAAAUAAAGAGCUGUUUCUUGAAUAA